AUGGCUUCCAAGGCACUUGCUGUUAUUGCUGGCGUCGGCCCCGGCACGGGUGCAUCUAUCGCCAGGCGUUUUGCUCAAUCCUACAAUGUGGUCGUCCUCGGCCGCAAUCCUGACAAUUACAACCCUGUUGUUCAAGAGAUUACCUCGAAUGGUGGCCAGGCAGUCGGCAUUAGCACCGACGUUAGCAACAGCAACAGCGUCAAUGCUGCCUUCGAUCAGAUCGAAAAGGAAUUUCCAGGCUCACCACUGGCAGCUGCUAUUUUUAACCCUGGCGGUGGUCUUGUGAGAAAACCUUUUCUGGAAUUGACAGAAGAUGAUUUUUCGAAUGCUCUUAAUAGCCAGGCAAAGGGAGGAUUCAAUUUCUCCAAACGUGCUCUGCCGCUUCUCCUCAAAGCCAAAGACUCAUCCGCCCACCCACCAACCCUGAUUUUCACAGGUGCCACUGCUAGUGUGAAAGGAUCAGCCAACUUUGCGUCCUUUGCAGCAACCAAGUUUGCUCUUAGAGCGCUUGCUCAAUCGCUAGCGCGUGAAUUUGGGCCUCAGGGCAUUCACGUAUCUCAUGCUAUUAUUGAUGGUGUUAUUGAUAUCCCUCGUACUAAAGCAUGGGUCUUCGAGCAUGAGGAUGCCAAGCUGAAUCCCGAUGCUAUUGCUGAUUCGUACUGGCAUUUGCAUACUCAGCCACGAACUACGUUUGCUUUCGAGUUGGAUCUCCGGCCAUACGUUGAGAAAUGGUAG